GGGCUAUUAUUUCCUCGAAGCAUCAUCGCCACUUUAAUGCCAUACCGACCUCGACCAUGUCGUCGUUGUUGCUAGGGUAUGUGCGACCACGACGAGACCGGGAGAGAUGGACUGACGCCAUCCACACCACACCCACCGGCUUCGUGCUCGUGUGAUUGUUCACCAGCUUCUUCUUCUUCUUCUUCUUCUUCGCAGAUCGCGAGAAAGCGCACCGAUUUCGCAGUUGACGCGAGCAUGCUGGAAUGGCGACGUCCUCACGCAACGUCGUGGUUUGCGACAAUGGCACUGGGUUUGUCAAGUGCGGAUUUGCAGGGGACAACUUUCCAGCUGCAGUGUUUCCAUGUCUAGUGGGUCGACCUAUGCUGCGCUACGAGGAAGAUCUUGGAGACAAUGAAUUGAGAGACAUAGUUGUGGGAACUGCAGCUUCCGAACACCGGCAGCAGCUGGAAGUUACUUAUCCGAUCACGAAUGGCAUUGUGCAAAACUGGGAAGACAUGGGCCACAUAUGGGACCAUACCUUUUACAACAUCUUGAAAGUGGAUCCUUCAGAAUGCAAAAUUUUGCUCACGGACCCACCUCUGAACCCUACCAAAAACCGCGAGAAAAUGAUUGAAACUAUGUUUGAGAAAUACAAUUUUGGCGCUGUAUUUAUCCAAAUCCAAGCAGUCCUUACUUUGUAUGCACAAGGGUUGCUGACCGGCUUGGUUGUCGAUUCUGGCGAUGGCGUCACACAUGUGGUACCGGUGGUGGAUGGAUACUCAUUCCCUCACUUGACCAAGCGACUCAAUAUUGCGGGGCGUCAUAUUACUUCUUAUCUCAUCGAUCUCCUACUUCGGCGCGGGUAUGCAUUCAAUAGGACAGCAGAUUUUGAGACGGUCAGGGAGAUUAAAGAGAAACUUUGUUAUGUAAGCAUCGAUUACAAGCGUGAACACCAACUUGCUCUUGAAACGACAAUAUUGGUUAAACAAUAUACGUUACCUGAUGGGAGAGUAAUUAAGAUUGGCUCAGAACGUUUUCAAGCUCCUGAAGCUCUCUUCUCACCGGAGUUGAUAGACAUGGAGGGUGACGGGUUGGCUGGCGCUGUAUUUCGCUGUAUUCAAGAAAUGGACAUUGAUAAUCGCAUGUCGCUUUACCAACACAUAGUUUUGAGUGGUGGAAGCACAAUGUAUCCCGGACUUCCUAGCAGAUUGGAGAAAGAGGUUCGUGAACAGUUUGUGCGUGUUGUCCUGAAAGGGAAUAGAGAGGGUCUCAAGAAAUUGAGAUUACGAAUUGAAGAUCCACCUAGACGGAAACAUAUGGUUUAUCUAGGUGGCGCUGUCCUUGCUGGAAUUAUGAAGGAUCAACCGGACUUCUGGAUCACCAAACAGGAAUAUGAAGAAGAAGGAAUGAACUGUUUGCGAAAAUGCGGGCAAGCCUAGAGGACGAGUCUCACUAUUUGCCUUCCCAGAAAUACCGUCUUCUCUUAAUCACACACGAGUUCUGCUAUUCCUAGAUGUACAUGUCACACAGGCAGAACUUUAGAAGUGCUGCAGACCUGCAAGUCUUAUAUCGAUUUAAUGUUAAUCAUUUAGGAAGGUUGAAAUGCCAGUAAGUGUAUGCUCAACACUGGUAUCUAUUUAGAGCUAAGUUCACAUCUCAGCGUCACGUACGAAUAUUUGUAGGUGAUAGUAUUCGCAAAAGUAAUUGUUGGUGAGCAAGACGAGAGCUUUCCUUCCUUCAGCUUGCAUAUCAUGCAGUGAAAUAUUGGUGUUAAUAGUUAUUGCAAUCCUUUAUUACAGCGUAUACUUUUCUAAACCAGCCAGUAUUAGAGCAUAUUGGCAGCUACGUGAGGUCUAAAAUCGAAUCACCUUCUGUGGAUGAUACGUGGAAUUGAAACUUGGGAGUACCUACACCUGACAUAUUCAUUA